AAAAACCAUGUCCUACACUGAGAACAGAGGGAUAUCAGUUUAUACAAGACAACAGAAAUAAACCUGAAGUUUCAGGUUUUGAUCUAGGAGAGAGCUUUUCUCUGAGACGUGCAUUUUGUGAAGGUGGUAAAACCUGUUUCAGAUUGGGAAAUGGACUUCUUAUCAGAGAUACUAUUAAGAUAUUUCCCAAUGGCCUUCCUGAGGAAUAUGCCAUAGCAGCCAUGUUUCGCGUACGAAGAAGCACCAAAAAGGAGCGGUGGUUUCUAUGGCAGAUUUUAAACCAACAGAAUAUGCCACAGAUUUCGAUAGUGAUUGAUGGUGGAAAGAAAGUGGUAGAAUUUAUGUUCCAAGCUGCUGAGGGAGAUAUGUUGAACUACGUUUUUAAAAAUCGAGAACUCCGUGCUUUGUUUGAUCGUCAGUGGCAUAAACUUGGCGUCAGUGUACAAUCCCGAGUCAUUUCUCUCUACAUGGACUGUAAUUUAAUUGCAAGUCGGCAAACCAAUGAGAAGGACACUGUAGAUUCUCAUGGAAGGGCAGUCAUCGCUGCACGAGCUUCAGAUGGCAAGCCUGUGGAUAUUGAACUUCACCACCUUAAUAUCUACUGCAACACAAACUUCUUAGCUCAAGAAACAUGUUGUGAAAUAUCAUCUACUAAGUGCCCAGAGCAGGAUGACUUUGGAAGUACUACAUUAUCAUUGACGACUGCUCACGAUGGGAAAAUUUCUCCCUACUUGCCUGCAAAGCUGGAACUUAAAGACCUGUGCCAGUGCAUUCCAAACAAGGGAGAAGCAGGAUUACCAGGAACUCCAGGAUCAAUUGGGCAGAAAGGAGAGAAAGGACAGCCGGGUGAAAAUGGUUUACAUGGUAUUCCAGGCUUACCCGGCGAAAAGGGAGAGCAAGGCACUGAAGGCAGCAAAGGAGAAGCAGGCGAAAAGGGUGAACAAGGAGCAAAAGGAGACCCAGGUCUGGCUGGCCUUAAUGGACAAGAUGGCCUGAAAGGUGACUUGGGUCCUCAUGGUCCACCUGGCCCAAAAGGAGAAAAGGGUGAAAUGGGACCGCCAGGACCACUGGCCUUACCUGUGAGUAUUCUUGAAAUGAAAAUUCAAAAUUGAAAUAGGUUACCUUACUGAUUAUUCAUAC